AUGGAGAGGACCAAGUGGACAACGUUCGGCGAAAGCUCAAUGUCGAUGGACUCGUCUUUGAACAGGGGACAGUCGCAGACGGAAUCGUCUGAAACAUCGUAUGAAACAGAGAACCGAGAAUCCGCUUUUGGGCCAUCCGAGUACGAGCCUAUGCCGCCCGCGACAGUGGACCGAGGAACAAAUACUGGACCCGAUACCGCGCCAGCUAUGACGUACGGAUCGAUGCCACCUGGAGCACUAGACCAGAGAGCGAGCUCCGCGGUGCCCGCCGCGCCAGCAUCGUACGAGCAGCCAGCGUAUGGGGCAACCGCAGCUACCCUUGGCCGAGCUACGGCUCUCACGGCUGUGUCACCUUAUGCAGACCAGUACAUGGAACAACCUUCAGAAGCCGGGCCUUACAAUGCGGCGUCAGCAGCCGGCAAGAAGUACCCGGAUGAGAUGGAAGGGGCGCACCCGUACGGAAUAUUGCUGCCUGUCUUCAUGUGCUUACUGGUCGGCGUGAUUCUCAUCUUCAUGACGACGUUCGUCGUCACCUCUGGACAUCUGCGCGAGAAUGGCACGGCUGCCGGUACCUCAGUGUCGGCAAAAAGUCAAGUAUACUAUCGAUGCAUUGAUGUGGUCGUUGUUGUUGCCCUUUAUAACGCAGGGCCAGCGACCUCUAAGUGGGUAAGUCCAGCGGGUCACGUGGGCGGGCUGUGCAACGCUUCCUCCCCUUGCCUGGGACAUGGCCACUGCGUGCGGGAAAUCUGCCGCUGCGACGGGCCUCACUUGACCGUCGUAGCGGGCGUCUGCCAGGCGACGACCACUCGCACGGCCAGCACUAAACACGUCACUGACACCAGCGACCUCGAUAUCUCGACUCUGCCAACAGUUCAGCUGUUUACCCACGAACGCACGAUUCGCCUCGUCACUGACAGCGUGACUGACAGCGAAGUGGCCGUGACUGACAGCGACGAAGAAGAUAUCAAGGCACGCGUCGAGGAAGUCAGAGCCGACCGAGGCGCGAACCGCACCGAGAGCAGUAACGGGAACCUCGCUAAGACGCGGAUCACAGGAAGUUCCAAGGAGCGUACCCAAGAUCAAUCAAGAAAAAGUGACGCAACGCGCAGUGCAAACGAUCCAACGGAGUAUAGCAGUACCUGGGAAAGCACGAAUGAACCGACCAAUCACAGUGCGAGCAGCGCAAGCGGAACCAAUGAACGCAGCGGAAGUAGCAUUGUAGAUAGCAUUGUAAAAAGAGUCACUGAACGCAACCCGGGACGAGCUGCCGAAUUCCGUGGUAGCUCUACAUUGGGAGGCAGUGCGAACGAAACCACCUCGGAGCGCGGAGCAAGCGACACCGUGGAGCGUCGUGAGAAGCGAAUCGCCGAACCCAGUCCGAGCCAAAGCACGGAACGGAGUGCGAAUCAAACCAUGCAAAGCACAACGGAAGGUGUCGCAGAUGUGACGAGAACAGAACAUGCUGCAUAGGGGCAAUCCUGAAGUUCAUGAGGCCACAGAACAACUUCGCACGUAACCA